AUGAUGAACGGAUACGAAAAGAACCACCAUGACGAGGACCCCUUUGCCCCGUCGGGCAGCGUAGUCAGCGCAUUCGAUGCCUUUCCCAAGUCAAAACCGCAAUAUGUGACCCGGACGUCGGGCGGCGGCAAGUGGACGGUCGCCAUGCUGCUCGUGUCGGCGAUCCUGACGUGGUGUGAGCUGACGCGCUGGUGGCGCGGCGUGGAGACGCACACGUUUGCGGUCGAAAAGGGCGUUGGCCAGUCGAUGCAGAUCAACAUGGACGUGGUGGUGCACAUGCGGUGCGAGGACGUGCACGUCAACGUCCAGGACGCCGCCGGGGACCGCAUCAUGGCCGCCGCCCGGCUCAAGAUGGACGAGACCACCUGGGCGCAGUGGGUCGACGCAUCGGGCGUGCACCGCCUCGGCCACGACCAGCACGGCAAGGUCGUCACGGGAGAGGGCCACGAGGAAGGGUUCGGGGAGGAGCAUAUCCACGACAUUGUCGCCCUCGGCAAGAAGCGCGCCCGCUGGAGCAAGACGCCCAGGUUGUGGGGUGCCGCCCCUGACAGCUGCCGCAUUUUUGGGAGCUUGGAUCUGAACAAGGUCCAGGGCGACUUUCACAUCACGGCGAGGGGACACGGCUAUAUUGAGUUUGGGGAGCACUUGGACCACAGUGCCUUCAACUUCUCGCACAUCAUCAACGAGUUCUCGUUUGGCGACUUUUACCCGUCCCUCGUCAACCCGCUCGACAAGACGGUCAACACGUGCGAGAAGAACUUCCACAAGUUCCAGUACUUCUUGUCGGUGGUGCCGACGCUGUACAGCGUCAAGUCGUCGACGGGCGCCUUUGGCUACUCGACCAUCUUCACCAACCAGUACGCCGUGACGGAGCAGAGCUCAGAGAUCAACGAGAUGAACAUCCCCGGCAUCUUUUUCAAGUACGACAUUGAGCCCAUCCUGCUCGACAUUGAGGAGUCGCGCGACACCAUCCUCGUCUUCCUCAUCAAGGUCAUCAACAUCCUCAGCGGUGCCAUGGUCGCCGGCCACUGGGGCUUCACCAUGACCGAGUGGAUCAAGGAGGUGCUGGGCAAGAGGAGACGGGCGAGCUCCAAUGGAGUCUUGGGAAACAAGGCUGGUUAUGAUGACUGA